AUGGACGCACUCCACAGCGAUUUGGAGCAACUGUACCAGCUUCGCGAAGCCAUUUAUUUAGCGACGAAGGAUUUAGAGACGAAAAGGAAGGAUUUGCAGAAAUCCUUCGCGAAUUUGGCGUACGACGGCUUAGCCGUGGUCCAUUGCCGGCAGUGUUUGGAAAAGGAAUUGAGUGCGGAGUUGGCGAAAAAUAACCGCUUGCUCUUCUCCAUUCACAACUCCUCGAUGGAGAAGUUAGAACAGGAGAAAAACAAAAGCACCGGCGAUAAUAC